AGACACUUUUCUUAAUUUUUGCAUUAUGACUUGUGACAUUAGUAUUGUUUCAGAUAGUCUUUCUAUAAAGCCUACAUAUGUCGAAGACUUGGGUGACUAAUGCAAGGGUUCUUUAAGACCUUAGGAAAUGAAAUGGAUGGUAGAUCAAACGGAAUUAUGUUAAUAUUGAAAAGAAACUACACAGCAAACGUAAAGCCUAAACGACAACUGCAUCGAAUGUUGGAAGUUUAAUAUAAUAUUACAUCUAUCAAACAAGAUCUCUAUACGCAUUUUAAGGCAGUCGUCGUAACUGGAAAGAAGAAAAAAGACCGAGUAGAUAUAACCCUAAAACCACUACUGUAGAAAUUCACUGUAAACCAUUGAUCUCUAGUGGCAUGAUGAUGUAGUCCUAACGCUAUGCACGAUAUUAAAUUCAAGAACUCUAAACGAAAGUAGAGCAGAGCAACAGAUGUUUUAAAAAAUAAAGCAUGUGUUAAGAUUAAGAUUUGUUAGUAUAUCUUCAAGGUUUCCUUUAUUUGUUUGUUUUUAAGUAUUUGAUGUAUACGUUUUCAAUUCUCACAUAUGAGUUUUCAUCAUGAAUAAAAACAAAAACAAAAACAGGGCAUUUUACAGAAAGUCUGACACGCAUGGUGAGGAACGAAAAAAUGACACAUUUGUGAAAGCGAUAACAAUUUUGCAAGAGUCGUCGUCGAGUGUACAAAUAUUACCACAUAUUGAGUAUAUAUUUAAGUUUUUUGGAGACAGCUUGUUACUGUAUGAAAGCGGACAAGUUCAAGUUUUCACACAAUUAUCAACCACUUUAUCCGACAAGCUAACAUACUUUGCUAGACAAAGUCUUCCUCGACUCAAGCUAGAAAACAUUGGUUCUUGGUCGCAGCUGCAUGAGUGUUUCUUGAUAUACAAAUUGAAUGAUGGUGACACAAUUGUUUUACCUCAAGUUAGUCAGACGACAUAUUUCUUUGAACAGUUAAAAGAAAAUAUAUCAGUAGUUUAUGUCAAACUUGAUGAUAUAUUGGAAGAAAACAAUACUAUUGUGAAAUGUUUACCUUCUGAAAUAUUACAUAGACACAACUAUAGUGAAAGUUCUAACUAUUUCACUUGGAAAGAUGCGUUCUGCACCACAACGCGCAAAAUAUCUUUGAAAAGUUUAAGUAAAGUUAGAACACCCACUUUUGACAGUUCAUCAAUUGUGUUUCCACUAUCAGGAGAAUUUCAAAUGACUGAAAACUUUCCCCAACAAGUAACUGAAGAGCAAAAUGAUGAGGGGAGGAGUGUAUUUGCGUUUUCAAAUGGCCAGUCUUUGCCAGUGACCAGUGAUCAAGCUUCAAGCUUGGCAAUAGGUGGUAAUAGUUUGUCUAGAUACCACGGACAUAAUGCUUCUUCUGGAAAUGAGAUUGCGCAUGCUAGUAAUUUAAUGCAUUUUUCUAGGAAUCAGUCUAAUACAGUGCAAAGGCCAAGACAUCCGGAUUUUAUAGAAUAUAAUGACAGACUAAGAUCAUAUGCACGGUGGACACGGAGAAGUCCUGAUCCCAAUACACUUAGCAGGGCGGGCUUCUUUUUUACAA